AUGACACUCGAAAUCGAAGCUCGCGACAUUGAAACAUUCGUAGCUGACAUAAACGGAGGAAGAUGGGACACGAUUUUACCUCAAGUUGCUCAACUUAAGCUACCGAGGAAUAAGUUAGAGGAUUUGUACGAACAGAUUGUUUUGGAAAUGAUUGAGUUACGAGAAUUGGAUACUGCUCGUGCUAUUUUAAGACAGACUCAAGCUAUGGGUGUCAUGAAGCAGGAACAGCCGGAAAGAUAUUUGAGGCUCGAGCAUUUGCUUGUUAGAACUUAUUUUGAUCCUAAUGAGGUUUUUGUUACUACUUUGUUUGAUCUGAUUUUAGCAAGAAAUAUGGGAUUUGAAUGUAAGGCUUAUCAAGAUUCAACAAAGGAGAAACGACGUGCGCAGAUUGCCCAAGGUUUUUUCCCCAUAUUUGUGCUGUUAAUGGUUGUUGCUUAUAAUUGUGAAGAUUCUGGACGUUAUUUGGGAUUAGAAUCUCUUGCUGCAGAAGUUACUGUGGUGCCACCUUCGAGAUUAAUGGCUCUAAUUGGUCAGGCUCUCAAAUGGCAGCAAUACCAAGGGUUGCUUCCUCCGGGAACUCAGUUUGAUCUAUUCAGAGGAACAGCUGCCAUGAAACAAGAUAUAGAUGAUAUGUAUCCAACAACUCUUUCACACACCAUAAAGGCAGGUGCAUUUAUCCAAAUUUAUUACAUGGACCCUUUCGAAUGA